UUCCUGUAAAGCCGUAGGGUGGGAUAGGCGGAAGCAGCGUCUUGCAUCGCUGUCGAUUUUCUUUCGCCGAGCAGAACGAUUGAUAUUUGUCAAGAUGCCGGCGUAUCAUUCAGGUUUGUUGGACGGUGACAUCAAACUGGUGGGGAACAUGGCUUUGCUUCCCUUAAAAACCCAGUUCAAAGGACCAGCUGCAAAAGAGACCAAAGAUACCGACAUAAUUGAUGAGGCCAUCUACUACUUCAAAGCCAACGUCUUCUUUAAGAAUUACGAAAUUAAGAAUGAGGCCGACAGGACACUCAUCUAUGUCACACUGUACAUUUCUGAAUGCCUAAAGAAGCUACAGAAGUGUAGCUCCAAGGGCCAGGGGGAGAAGGAGAUGUACACCCUGGGCAUUACCGCGUUCCCCAUUCCCGGAGAGCCUGGCUUCCCUCUGAACGCCAUGUACGCCAAGCCAGCUAACAAACAGGAGGACGAGACGAUGAGAUCCUACCUCCAGCAGCUUCGCCAGGAGACUGGCUUGAGGUUAUGUGACCGUGUGUUUGAUUCCGCGACAGACAAGCCAAGCAAGUGGUGGGUGUGCUUUGUCAAGAGGCAGUUCAUGAACAAAAGUCUGUCUGCUCCUGGCCAGUAAAUGACCUCAACCUGUGUCUUAUUACUUGUGCAAAAAUUGAUUACUUUUUCUUUAUUUUGAAUACUUACGUUCGGACAUGAGGAUUUUGUACUUAAUGCAGUCCAGAAAUAUACCUUCACUCAUCUGGUUGUUAAUCAUAUUGAGCUGGUGCUUAAUGAAAUAAAGCAAUCAUAUAAAUCUGAAAGUAUUGGGUUGUGAAUUUCAUAUUAGGUGUGUGCGUGCUUAAUAAAGUGGGACAUCACCCAGGUGGAUAUUUUGUGUCCAUCGGUGGGGGAAAUAAUGGUCAGCACAUUAAAACAAGGGGUUUAAAGGCCCAGAUUAGAAAAUGAGACAUGAGAAUACGAACGUUAAAUCACGAAUCUUCUCAUAUCCAGAUUUAUUGCUUAUUUUCACAAUUGAAACACGCUCAAAUAAAUCAAUGUUAUUCCAUUGCAAACGUAAACCUUCACUCAAACAGCUUGUGCAUAAAAUCAGUUGUGCAAUUCA